CCUUCUUCCUCUCUACUUCCAAAACUCAUCCACCACACCACUUGAGACUUCCUCAACCCAUAUCCAAACGAGAUCGGUGCAAGACAUCUUAACCCUUUCUUUCCUCCAUCUUACAUUCUACGCAGGCAGCCUGCACCUAUAUGAUCACUCACCACUUCUAUCGAUUUCAACUCCCAAGGUCCUGGAUCUACCGAGAGAUAUGUAACAUCAAGGCGUUUGGGGUGACUCAACGCCAUGUAUCAUGCUCGACCGUGGAAGAGGAGCCUCUCGUGGAUCUACCUUGAACUAUUUAGGCUAUUUGAACGUAACGCUUUCAUGGAUCUCCGGGAACAGAAGACCAAACUUUCGGAGGGAAAUUGCCCUUUACAAGAUCAGAUCAAUAUUUCGAAAGGCUACAUCUGGCGGGAAUGUCCGCCUCAGUGACUACUGGGUAUUUAUGGCCAUAGCACUCACAAGCAGUGCGAAGCGAGGGGUUAAAUGGCCCUUUGAUUUUACGAAACAGGGCAACGUUCGUGCCAAAUGGGUACCACACAGUCCCACCAUGUGGGUCUGGCACGCCGGUCAGCCUUUUUUCAUCACAUAUCGUGGCUACUAUACCCUCGACGGCGUCACAAGCUUUAGCUUGGCUAGGCGAAACUUCUUCUUCACUUUUAAUCCAUCCCUUGAUGUAGGCCACCACAGUUGUGGUCCGGAGACCACAAUCCUGGUCUCUACUGAUAAUGACAUGGCUGCUACUUUCCGCGCACAGAACUUUGGGGCACUAUCAGAGUUCGUCAUACUGAUCCGCGAUGAAGACCCCCAAGGAACUGGAGGCAAACAGCAUGAUUCCAUUGAGGAAGUGCGCGUUCUCAAGAAACUUCGAGCGCUCGUUCUUGCCGGAGACGUUCGCUAA